GACUUGCCCUAACAUGGUUAAGGAACCUGAUCCCGAUGAUUUUAAAUUUAUGAAUAAUAAUGGAGUCCCAUUGCACAUUGUGGGAUGGCUUACCAGUGGGAUUUUUACAUUUCAAGCUUCUAUUGUUACUUUAUAUUUAAUAAAGCAGCAUUGGAAAUAUUAUUAUGAGCCAAGUCAACAAAGAUACAUAGUCCGCCUACUUUUAAUUGUUCCCAUGUAUACAAUUUUUAAUUGGUUAUCAUAUUUUUUCGUUCAUGCUUCCGUAUACAUUGAUACUUUCAGAGACGCUUAUCAAGCCUAUGCCAUAAUUAGUUUCUUUAAUCUUCUUCUUCAAUGUUUGGGAGAAAAUGAUGACAUUCGUAUGCAAAGAUUAAGUAGUAUAAAAUCUACUAGAUCACCAGUACCGUUUUGUUGUAUAUAUUUCAAUCCAAGCGAGCAUAGAACACUUCUUAAGCGAUUGAGGAUUG